AAGACAAUCACCAGUUCAUUUCCAAGAUACAGCUCGACAUGAGACUCAUAAACACACAUACUUUUCAACUUGAGUUUUAUCCUGGCGGAUCGCGUCGAUAUGCCAUCCUAUCCCAUGUCUGGGGUGACGAUGAGGUCACUUUUCAAGAUGUUGCUUCAGGUGAUCCUGAGGAAGCGCUUCAUCUUGAACGCUAUAGCAAGCUGCGCGAGAGCUGUAGAAUGGCACGCUCUUUGAAGUUGGACUAUUUAUGGAUAGAUACUUGCUGUAUCGAUAAAAGCAGCAGCGCCGAGCUUUCGGAAGCUAUCAACUCGAUGUUUCGUUGGUAUGCUGAAUCGACCAUCUGUAUCGCCUUUCUUGAAGACGUUCCCUCCUCAGAGUCUGAAGAGGAGCAGAGAAAGACAUUUGCAACCAGUCGUUGGUUUACCAGAGGCUGGACACUUCAAGAGCUCAUCGCACCGGGAAAGGUCAUUUUCUACGGACGAGGCUGGCAGCGACUGGGUAGCAGAUCUGAGCUCAGAGAAGAUAUAAAGAGUGUCACUGGGAUUGAUUAUGAGCUUCUCGACGCAACACAUCAUAUGGCGGAGAUCAGGCAAAGUCAGCUUGGUGAGUUUUCAGUCGCCCAGAAGAUGUUCUGGGCUGCUGGGCGCGAAACAACGAGGCCAGAAGACAUCGCUUAUUGCUUGCUGGGUAUAUUCGAUAUUAACAUGCCUUUGCUCUAUGGGGAAGGUCAAGUCAAAGCUUUCAAGCGGUUACAAGAAGAGAUUCUUAAAUCUACCGAUGAUGAGUCAAUUUUUGCUUGGCGGCAGCCUCGAUAUCGGGUCGAAGGAAAAACGUAUUGGAGCCUUCUUGCAAACAGCCCUUCAGCUUUCGAUCUCGGCCAGACCUCAAAAGAUCUCAAUGGCCUGGUACCUAAGAGAUCUAAAUACCUAUCACUUAGGUCAGGAAGUUCAAUGUCUAUGACAAACCGCGGACUGGAUUUAGAGCUUCCAUUAACGCCGUUCCCAAUCGAUACGUCAGGGACCAUUUUCUUGGCCUUCUUGAACUGCGAGUUUCGAAGAGGCCAGACAUCUAUCAACCCGGCUAUCCUCCUUCAGAGGGCAGCGUGGGACAGAAACUCACAUUUUGUGCGAAUUCGACCAGACAUAUUAGCGUUGUCCAUGAUGAACAGCAUCAUUCUUCCCGAUGAACUCUUGAACAUGAUACGAAGUGGUCAAAAAGAUGUUUUGCAGGAGGCCAUUCCACGACAGAUCUUCGUACCACAUAACACCCCGGACCUACGAUAUUUGAAGGGUGUGAUAUUUCGCCCGGAGAUGAAGGGCCUUGCAAAGGAGAGUAGGAUGGUUGUCAGACACCUGGUCCUUCACUUGGAUCAUUACAAGCAUCCAUAGUUCUGGGAGUGUUGGAACUUGACCUAGGCAGCUCAGAUUCCAUGCAGUGCUUGGUCAUGGGAUUAGAGCCCUUGCCUCCAAACCCUUUUCAAACGAUGCCUCUUUACUUCUUACCGUGGUACGCAUUUGAAGAACAGACUUGGAUUGCAAAGCAGGACUUUUCAAGAGUUCUGGACAAAACACAGCGAAGGCUGGAGUGGAGAGUUCCAGAUAUCGUGACGGCGAAACUUGGAAUUGAGAGCAGGUAUUCGAGUUUAUUCUACAGUUUGACUUUGGAGAUUGAGAAUAGCCGGAAAGUCAAUACCUGGUUUUGAGGACAGAGACAGACUUGGUUCGGGAUUUCGCUUGUUACUAUUAUACAGGAACAUCUGUCAUUUCCAGCUUGGUAUGAACUGCUUCUGGCACCUCGAACGGCCUCUCCUCGAAUAUCAGACCCAUACUCAGCAGUUCUUCGUCGGUGAUACCUGGCCGCUCAUCGAUCACUCUCUUCAGCUCACGUGCCUUAUCCGUGACAUCCUCAAUCUCAACAAUCCAUUCAUUCGCCCACUGCUCACUUAGGGCUCCUGGAAUGCCGAUUUGAAUACUUCUAUAUGGCAAUACCUCCAGCUUUGCUGUCCGCUCAGGGUCCCACUGAAUUCUCACAUCAACCGUCGUCUCACGCUUCUCGCCGGGGCUGAGCUUAUGAGCGUGACUUGAUAGCACACCUCGCUCAAGGAGGGUGAUGAAGUGCUCGUGUUUCAUUCGCAAAGCCAAGAUGCGGGAUUGGCCAGGGUCUUUGUAAGAGUACCCGGCGCGGUACAUCAUCCAUGCCCAACUGGGCUUGAUCCAUGUCAUUCGACCUGAUUUGAAAUCCGGGGAUGCAUUGAGCUUCUGCGCAUCUACAGCAGCUUUAGCAAUGGAUUCUUUGUAGGCUUGGUACACUAUUAUAGUGGUGUCAUUGCAACAGGCACGAACUUGGCGGUAGGGGGCGGUUGAAGGUGCUGUUGGCAUUAUGGAGAAAUCGAUCAAGGUCGAUGAUGUCUGUUCAAGGAUGGUAAGACAUUCUAUGGUGGCCAUUCCAAGAAUUAAAAGCCCCUGGCUUU